AUGGGAGCCGACGCCCUGGACGACGGCACCAUCGUCCUCACGAUGCUGCCUGCCUCAACUGAAGAGGGGGUGAUAGAGCUGACGACCUACUGGAAAACGUGCCAGGAAACGGGCUCGGAUCCCUGGAUUGACCUUAUCUGUGAAAACUCUAUAGCCAGGCACAAUGGCACUCUUCCUGACUUUGGCACAUCGGGCCUUUACGGACCCUCCCCUGGUACUACCAUGAUGGCACCGUGGGAGGCUCAAAAGGCCAUGCACGCAAAUAAGAUGGGUCACAGCACCAUUUCACAGGGCAUCUACAGCCUUCUUAGUAAAUUUGCUCCUUGA